AUGGAGUCGGAUCACCCGUGGCUGGUGGGGGUGGAGCGGCUCCAGGCGACGACCCGAGAGCGGAACCGAACCCACAGCGUCAACAACGCGUUUCUCGCCCUCAGGACCUUGAUCCCCACGGAGCCGAAGGAUCGGAAACUGAGCAAGAUCGAGACGCUUCGACUCGCCACCUCGUACAUCGCUCAUCUCAUGUCUCAGUUGAACGAGGGCACCUGCGCCGUGGAGCACCCGCGGUGCGAUCCGGGGCCGAGGCACCCCGUCUGCACUUUCUGCGUCAGUGCUCGCAAGAAGAGUAACGGAUACGGUCAACCGUGA